AUGUCUCCCUUUUCUUUCUAACAUUGGAAAUUUCGCUCUUUCUUUAAACAAAGUUUUUAAUCUUUCACUAGAUUUAUUUCACUUAUAUAUACAUAUACCCAUUUGCACACUCAUACAGUCACUUGAUAUAGAAUUAGAUUUUGAGAGAGAAGUUUUGUUUGUGGCAGUAAACCACUCCAUUUUCAGUGCUUUAUCUGUUCUUGGCCAUUGGGUAGAAGCUCUAUUUCCAAGGGGACUUCUUUGGGUAAUCGACAUCCAACGAAAAUCUUUUUCUCCAUGAUGCAAGGUCAAGAUGAAAAUGCCUUCCCGAGAACCUUUUAUUUGGACUAUGGGUCCAAUGGGAUCAAUCUUCGAAGGGAACAGAACACUGUAGUGCCACUGCCAGCUGAUGCUUUACUUCAUGAUGGCCAUCCUGUUAUGGACUGGAUGGGUCAAUCUAGUUUGAGUGUGAACAGCCAAGCUCCUGUUCAAUUUCAGGAAUUAUUAGUUGAAGAUGGGUUGCUAUAUAACAGGGUUCCUACUUCUAGUAUGAACACCCAAAGUCCAGUUCGAUUUCAGGAUUUAUUAGCUGAAGAUGGCGUACUUUCUAUUCCUGUUACUGGUGCUGUAAUUGAUCAAAGCUUGGUAGAAAGGCCUUCUGAGCCAGUAGUUGCUCCUUCUCAGCCUAGUGCUAACAUGGGCUUUGGAAAUGGUAAUUUUACAAAUAGACCAUUGUCUUUGCAGCAGGACAGUUCUAGCGCUUUUCCUCAAAAUAUAGACUUAAAUGCAGUAUGUGAGAGUCCUGGCAUUGAUGCAUAUGUGGGUACUGGGACAGCUUUGCAUCUAAAUCCAUUUAAACCAGGAAUACCAGAUGCUGAUCAAAAUCCAAUUGUCAUCAAUUCUUCAAAUUCUGAUCCACUGGUUAUCUCUUCCGGAAUUGCGGGGUAUGUGGUGGAAGAAAAUGACAAUAGAGAAGGUCGCUCUUCAGAUGAUAGGCGUCUGUCCUGUAAAAGAAGGACACCUGAAGAUGGUCUCAGACAUUUUUCAUUAGGUGAAAGCUCAAGAUCCAGUCACCUAGCUGUUAUUCAAGAAAAUGAUAGUAGAAGAUCGAAUCCAUCAGCUCCUAUAAAUAAUCACUCACAUGAGCAAUAUUCAGCGCAACUGGGUACUGGAUAUGUGGCUGGAUUAGGGACAACUCCAGCCGUACAUCAACCUUCAAGUGCUGUAAUAAAUGGACUUGGAAUUGGUGCUGAAGGAAGCUCUGAUGUCCGUCAAAUACUAAGGGUAGCAGGAGAAUUCGAAAACUCCCAAAGAAAUAUCCGUAUGAGAAGAACCGUGAAUCACCAAGACUUUACGCCAGCUGACUUGGCUCUGUGGACCACAAGAAAUUCCUAUUCACAAUUACCGGGUCAACCAGCUGUCCUUUUUCCACUUGAUUGUGUUCCAAACACAAGCUCAGUGACAGGAAUAGUUCCCUCAACUCCUGCGGUGCAGUCUGGCCGUGCUCCUAAUUCCUUUGAAGUUUUGCAGCCUUUCCAGUGGAAUGCAGUCACCAGGUCAAGAAAUAGUCUGCGAUCGACUACUUAUGCUUUAAACGGAGGAGAGGCUUUACUUCUAGACGAGAACCCAAGCCAUAAUGCAAGUUAUGACGUGCUUCCUCUUGAAAUUCAAAGGCGAAAUUUGGAACGCAUGUUAACAAAUAUAAACUUUGUUCCCGGAACAAACUAUCCUGGAAAUAUUCCUUCCAGUUCUCGAACUAGCUCUACUCCAUGUACUCAUCCAACAUUAGCUCCCGUUUGGUUUCCCCAGGGAAACAUGGCUCUGCAGUAUGUCCAGAGAAUCUCAGACAUUGGCAGUAGCACCGAGUCUCAAGGGCAACGUAGAUACUGCCCAUUACACUCGGGUGUCUCUUUUGCUCCAAGAGAGAGGGAAUUAUUAGCAAGAGGUGGUAAUGCAAGGCCUACUCAAAUGCCUUCUAGGUCAAGAUUGAUAGCACGAGCUGAGAGACAACCUGCUGCUUAUCCUGAAGUGGCACUGCGCUCUUUGACUGCUGCUCAGAGAAGAAGCAGGCUAGUAUCUGAGGUUCGCAAUGCUCUGGCACUUGUUCGUAGAGGGGGCUCCUUACAGUUUGAGGAUGUGAUGGUGAUUGAUCGUUCAAUGUUGUAUGGUGUGCCUGAAGAGCCUGAUUUACAUGAAGAGAUGCGCCUUGAUGUGGAUAAUAUGUCCUAUGAGGAACUACUGGCCCUAGAGGAUCACAUUGGAAAUGUUUGCACUGGAAUAAGUGAGGAAGCCAUUCAGACACGUAUGAAGAGGCAAAAGUAUCGAGCAAUUAAAAGUGGGUCUACCCAGGAAGAUGAACCGUGCUGCAUCUGUCAGGAAGAAUAUGCCGAUGGCCAAGAUCUUGGAAAGCUGGACUGUGGGCAUUACUUUCACUUCAACUGCAUUAAACAGUGGCUCGUCCAGAAGAAUAACUGCCCUAUCUGCAAAACGACAGCGUUGCAAGUUUGAGAUUUCCCAAACUAGAGAUAUAACAGUGGCAAGUGUGGAGUUUCUUGUCUGCCCAUGUAUCAUUGGUACUGGCAUCUUUUCUAAGAAUUGAAUAAUUAAUAAUUAUGGUGGACAAAAGACCUAUCAGAUGCCUUAAUGCAUCAUGCGCUUGCUACUAUUCUUAGUUUCUUCUGUACUGUAGGACUGGCAUCCUACAGUUUGAGGGUGCUCUUAUGUGGAAAGACUUUCCAAUUCUAUUCCGUCUUUAAUA